AUGAAGAUCACACAAGCCGCCACAAGGACAUGGGCCCGCCAAGCUGCGCGAGCUGGCACCCCAGCUUUCCAGCUUCAACAACAACGAGGAAUUUUGGGAUUGUCCAGUGCCAUUGAUACUCGGCUCUACCGAAUGGCCAAGGGUGUCAUGCCCACCAUUUCGGCUACCGAACAAACUGCUUUGGGAUGUGGAACCAUUGGCUUUGACCGCGACAUCUUUACUGGAAAUCCUUCUUUGAAAAAGUUGGUGGAUACCUACCAGCCCAAGUUGACUCCGGAAGAAGAGGACUUUAUCAACAAAGAAACCAAUGCGCUCUGCGAUUUGAUUAAUGACCAUGAGGUCACCAGCAAGCGUGACUUUACCAAGGAGGCUUGGGACUUUAUGCGCGACCAGAAAUUCUUUGGACUCAAAAUCCCCAAGGAAUGGGGCGGAUUGGGAUUUUCCACUCAGGCCGUCUCUGUCAUUUUGGCAAAAUUGGCCAUCCACUGUACCGAUGCCAAUGCCACUGUGGCAGUCCCCAACUCGUUGGGACCUGGGGAGUUGUUGGUCCGAUAUGGAACACAAGAACAAAAGGAAUAUUUCUUGCCUCGUUUGGCCGAUGGAACCUUGAUUCCUUGCUUUGGUUUGACCGGUCCUCAUUCUGGAAGUGAUGCCACGAGUUUGAUUGGAAGUUAUGGUGUUGUCGAAGAGCGUGACGGAGUCGUGGGAGUGCGUGCAACCUUCAAGAAGCGAUACAUCACAUUGGCCCCUGUGGCUGGUGUUGUGGGCAUUGGAUUGAAUCUUCAGGAUCCCAAUGGAUUGUUGAAGGGAAAUGGAGGCGAAGGUUUCACUGUUGCCCUAUUGGAACGCCACCACGAAGGAUUGCGCAUGGGACCUCGUCACAAGCCUUUGAAUGCAGCUUUUAUGAACGGAACCGUUGAAGGAGAGGAUGUCUGGAUCCCCAUGUCACACAUUUUGGGUGGGCAGGAGCGAUGCGGUUUCGGAUGGCACAUGUUUGUGGAAUGUCUCGCCGAAGGACGUGGUGUCAGUUUGCCUGCUGGAGCUGCUGGUAGUGCCCGUGGUGUUGUCACCGCCGUCGGUGCCUAUGCCCGUGUUCGAAAGCAAUUCAAGGUCCCCAUUGCCGAGUUCGGAGGUAUCCAAGAGGCGUUGGCGGAUGCUGGAAGCGAUGGUUUGAUCUGUCUUGCUGGAACCGACCUCAUGAAUGCCAUUAUCGACAACCACGAGGCUCCCAUGGUCAUCUCCUCUGUCAUGAAGCAAAACUGCACAGAGCGGGGACGCCGUAUCAUUGAGCGCGCCAUGGAUGUCGCCGCUGGAAGUGCCAUUUGCUUGGGAGACAAGAACUUGGUCGGAAACCCAUACAUGAGCAUGCCCAUUGGUAUCACCGUUGAGGGAGCCAACAUUAUGACUCGUUCCUUCCAAAUCAUUGGACAAGGUUUGACUCGGUGCCACCCACACAUGAUUGAUAUUAUCAACGCCCUUCAAAUGCCCAAGGAACAAGAGGCUGAAGCCACCAAGAUUUUUGUCAAGCAAUUCUACAACGUUCUUGGACACGGUGUUUCCAACUUUGGACGCUCCAUCUCCCGUGGUAUCAGCUCCUCCAUCUCCACCAAGACCCGCUCCAAGACCGCAUACAAGGAUGGCGAUAAGUUGUUGGCGUACCACGAGGCCCAGCUGUUGCGUCUCAGUGCCAACUUUGCCAUGACUGCUGACUUGUGCUUCACUCUUGGUGGACGCCUCAAGUUCGAAGAGUUGCUCAUGGGACGUCUGGCCGAUGCCUUGGGUGCUAUCUUCUUGGGAUAUUCCACACUGCACCACUACACUCGUCGCCGAGGAGUCGAAGGACUUGAAGCUAUUACAGAGCACGCUAUGCAACGCUUGGAGUACGAAGCUCAGGAAGCUCUUAAGGUUGCCUCUGACAACUUCCCAGGUCAAUUGGGACCAAUUGCCGCUGCCACAAUGAAGGCCGGCUGCUUCCCAUUGGGAGGAUUAACACGCCACUACAAGCCACCCUCAGAUGAACUUACAAAGGAGGUGUCCCGACUUAUCACCACUCCUUCCGGGCUUCGUGACAUGUUCGCAGAAACUCUCUACGGAUCAGAUGAGGCAACCUACAAGCAGGGUGAGUACCAAGGAUCUGAUUUGGCAUAUGCCCUUCCAAUCUGCGUUGAGGCAGACAAGAUUGCCUCUACUCUCCGCCGCGAGAAGCGAGAGCCAACACAGGCAGAAGCCGACAAGAUUGCCGAGGCAGACGCUCUGCGGGAUAUCCUGAUCCAGGUUGAUGUGUUCCCAUACUUGACACCUGAAGAGGGAAGCGAGGGGUACGUCCGUCCUGCCAUCUUGGGAACCGAAGAGCGUCUUGCCAACUUGGAACAAAAGACAUUCGACGAUGUCCUUGAAGCUACCACCGCCAAGACCGCAUAA